CACCUGGAGAACUUCACACUGGUGUCCAGUGGCAGAGGACAACCCUUCCUGGACGGGAAGGGCCAGUGUCCCUUCGACCCCCAGCACACCUACACUGCCCUGCUGGUGGACGGUGAGCUCUACACGGGCACCAUGAACAACUUCCUGGGCAACGAGCCCAUCAUCUCCCGCUCGCUGGGCAGCAGGACCCAGCUGAAGACGGACGCCUUCCUGCGCUGGCUGUCGGAUCCCCUGGAGCACAGGGAGGCCCGCAGGAGGGUGAAGAACGACGUGGGAGGGGACAAGGUGCUGCAGAAGAAGUGGACGACCUUCCUGAAGGCCCAGCUGGUGUGUUCCCAGCCCGGCCACUUCCCCUUCAACGUCAUCCAUCACGCCUUCCUCCUGCCCCGCCGCAAUGGCAGCGAGAGUUCCCGCUGGACGGUCUAUGGCGGUGCUGAGAUGAACCCCCGGCCCGGCAGCUGCUACAUGGGCCCCUCCUCUGACAUAGCCCUCACCUUCAUGAAGGAGCAUUUCCUGAUGGAUGGGAAGGUGAUGCCCACCCAGGGGCAGGUGCUGCUGGUGAAGACAGACGUCACCUACACACGCAUCGUGGUGGACGAGACCCCCGGUGUCUCGGGUGUCACCUACCGCGUCAUGUUCCUGGCCACGGCGGAGGGUUUCCUGCACAAAGUGGUGGAGCUGCUCAAGAGUCCCCACAUUGUGGAGAGCAUCCAGCUCUUCGGGACACCAGAGCCAGUGAAGAACCUACUCCUGGCCCCAGGGAAGGGCAUCCUCUACGUGGGCUAUUCUGGUGGUGUCCUCCAAGUCCCAUUGGCCAACUGCAGCCUGCACAGGAGCUGUGCUGAGUGUGUGCUGGCCCGGGACCCCUACUGUGCCUGGCACAGCAGGGAGGGCUCCUGCCAGCCCAUCCGGGCCACCACUGACCAGGACAUGGCGGUGUGGCUGCAGGACGUGGAGGCUGGAAGAGCAGCCCCCCUGUGCCAGCAGGGCCGGAACUCGGUGCUGCCCCGCGCCUGGGGGGGCUCCGAGGAACCCCCCGCAGAGACCCUCAGCCCCCAGCUCAACACCGUGGUCCACCUGCUGUGCCCCCAGCCCUCUGCCAUGGCCACCUACACCUGGCAGCAGCCGGGGGACCCCGUGGGACAUCAUGGGGACACCGUGGGACAUCAUGGGGACCCCGUGGAACACCGUGAGGACCCCGUGGGACACCGAGCUUUCUGUCCUGGCCAAGGAAGGGAGGAAGAGGAGGAGGAGGAGGAGGAGGAAGGGUCCCGGGCCUGCUGCCUGCAGCUCGAUGGGGACGUUGAUGCUGAGAACAACAGGGUCUGCGUGACAGCGGGGGAGGUGGCGUGA